ACCUUUGGCCUCCCUCCACAACCUCUUUCUUCUUGGGUAGUAGACAUCCAUGGCUGCUUCUCUUUCCUCAAGUUUCCCCUCCUCUGCUGCUUACCUUCUUCUGAUGCUUACUCUUGCUGUAUGCUCCCAUGUCGGAGGAGAACAAGAAAGCCAUCGAAAGGUUGACGUCCGCUCUUUGUUCCCGGACAAAGUGUGUUCACCAUCCAAAGGUACCGCCAGCUCCAACUUCACGAGACUGACGGUAGCUCACCGGCACGGCCCAUGCUCGCCGCUGCACCACCGGCAGGUCCUCUCCCACCAGCAAAUCCUAGAGCGAGAUCGAUUCCGAGUCGACUGGCUCCACCGGCAGAUCUCCUCCUCUCCUACCUCUGCGACAAAGGUGAAGGUGCAACCGCAGGAUUCGGCGGUGGAGGCAUCGGCGAUCCCAGCCCGAAGCGGCAGCUCCCUCGGAGUCGGGAACUACGUCGUGACGGUCGGCUUCGGCACCCCCAAGCGGGACCAGACCGUCGUCUUCGACACCGGCAGCGACGUCACCUGGAUCCAGUGCCAGCCAUGCGCCUCCUACUGCUACCUGCAGCAAGAUCCCAUCUUCGACCCCUCUCACUCGUCGACGUACGCCAACAUCUCCUGCGGCUCUGCCUACUGCUCCGACCUCGACGUCUCCGGCUGCAGCUCCUCCACCUGCCUCUACGGGGUGAAGUACGGCGACAAGUCCUACACCAUCGGCUUCUUCGCCGAGGAGAAGCUCACGCUGACUGACGCCGACGUGAUUCCCAAUUUCCGGUUCGGGUGCGGCGAGAAGAACCGUGGGCUCUUCGGUAGGAUCUCGGGGCUGAUGGGCCUCGGCCGUAACAAGGCAUCGCUGGUCGUGCAGGCGUACCAGAAGUACGGCGGGGUCUUCGCCUACUGCCUGCCGUCGACGUCGAGCUCUACGGGCUUCUUGACAUUCGGCAGCGGCAGCUACUCGUCCUCGUCCAACGUCAAGUUCACGCCGAUGCUGACCGACGCGAGCUCGCCGUCGUUUUAUUUCUUGGACUUGGUAGCUAUAAGCGUCGGCGGGCAGCGCCUCCCGAUAUCGGCCACCGUCUUCUCCAACGCGGGCACGAUCAUCGACUCCGGCACGGUCAUAAGCCGGCUGCCUCCGACGGCGUACUCGGCGCUCCGGUCGGCCUUCCGACAGGGGAUGUCGAGCUACAAGGCGGCAGCCCCGGAUUCCUUACUGGACACCUGCUACGACUUCACGGGAUACACCACGGUGUCGAUACCGACGGUGGCCUUGGAGUUCAGCGACGGUGUGACGAUGAACCUGGACUUCGGGGGCAUCCUCUACGCCCUGAGUCAGUCGCAGGUUUGCCUGGCCUUCGCCGCCAACAGUGACGAUGGUGACCUGGGGAUAGUGGGAAACGUGCAGCAGAGGACGUUCACUGUGGUGUACGAUGUCUCGAAGAAGGUCAUCGGAUUUGGGCCGGGAGGCUGCUAAGGGUCGAAGUUGCUCUGGUAUGAAUAGAGAGAAGAGAGAGAGAGAGAGAGAACGCUCGCUGCUCCAACUCUUCAAUGAUUUGCCAUCUCUAGCUUAUAAUAAUAUCACAAGAAAAGAGAGCUUAACCUCUCAGCCUCUCCUUAAUCGAUUGAA